UGGGGGUUUUGUUCCGGGCCCGGCGGCCGCCGCCAUCUUGUGCGGAGCGGAGCGGAGCGGAGCGGCGAGAGCGGCACCGACCCGGCCGCACCGGCCCCAGCCUCAUUGAUGUCCAGCUCGCCGCUGUCCAAGAAGCGCCGUGUGUCUGGGUCCGAGCCGAAGACGGGCAGCACUUGCGCCCCCGGCACUGACGCCCGCAGCCCCCCGUGCCCCCCUGCGCCCCCUAACGGAAUGGCCAGGAAUGGAAGUGAUGCGGAUAUCGACGAGGGCCUUUACUCCAGGCAGCUGUAUGUACUGGGCCAUGAGGCCAUGCGACGGAUGCAGGGUGCAGCUGUGCUGGUUUCCGGGCUCCGUGGCCUGGGGCUGGAGGUGGCCAAGAACCUGGUGCUGGGUGGAGUCAAGGCUGUGACCCUGCAUGACCCUGAGCCUGCCCAAUGGGCUGACCUCUCUGCGCAGUUCUACCUGCAUGAAGAAGAUGUGGGGCGGAACCGGGCAGAGGUGUCACUGCCACGUCUGGCCGAGCUCAACUCCUACGUGGCCGUCAGCGCCAACACGGGGCCCCUCACUGAGGACCUACUGGCUGCCUUUCAGAUAGUGGUUCUGACCAACUCCCCCCUGGAGGAGCAGCUGUGGGUGGGUGACUUCUGCCAUACCCGGGGCAUCAAGCUGGUGGUGGCCGACACCCGGGGACUCUUUGGGCAGCUUUUCUGUGACUUUGGGGAUGAGAUGAUCGUGACAGACACCAAUGGCGAGCAGCCUCUGAGCACCAUGGUCUCUAUGGUGACCAAGGGCUGCCCUGGGGAGGUAACAUGCCUGGACGAGGCUCGCCACGGGUUCGAGAGUGGGGACUUCGUCACCUUCACUGAGGUGGAAGGCAUGGAGGAGCUCAACCACUGCCCCCCCAUGGAGAUCCAGGUCCUUGGCCCUUACACUUUCAGUAUCGGGGACACAAGCGGAUUUGGGGACUAUGUGCGUGGUGGCAUUGUUGCUCAGGUCAAGAUGCCCAAGAAGAUCAGUUUUAAGCGGCUGAGGGAGUCACUGGCAACGCCCGAGUUUGUGGUGACUGACUUUGGGAAAUGGGAGCGCCCAGCCCAGCUGCACCUUGGCUUCCAGGCAUUGCAUGGCUUCCAGCAGCGCCACUCCCGCCUGCCCCGUCCCCGCAGCCAGGAGGACGCGGCUGAGGUGUUGGGGCUAGCACAGGAACUGCUGGAGGCACAGGCAGGGCCGCGCCCAGAGCUGGAUGAGGGGCUGAUCCGGGAGCUGGCCUGCCAGUCUGCUGGACACCUGGCCCCUCUGGCUGCCUUCAUUGGGGGGCUGGCUGCCCAGGAGGUCAUGAAGGCCUGCUCAGGGAAGUUUAUGCCCAUCACACAGUGGCUCUACUUUGAUGCAUUAGAGUGUCUGCCUGAGGAGGGCAAAGAGGAGCAGCUCACCGAAGAGCAGUGCCGCCCUAGGAACUGCCGCUACGACGGGCAGAUUGCUGUGUUUGGGGCUGACCUGCAGGAGAAACUUGGCCGGCAAAAGUACUUUGUGGUGGGGGCUGGGGCCAUUGGCUGCGAGCUGCUCAAGAACUUUGCAGUGCUGGGGCUGGGCUGCGGUGCAGGUGGUGGCAUCACUGUCACCGACAUGGACACCAUUGAGAAAUCCAACCUCAACCGCCAGUUCCUCUUCCGGCCCUGGGAUGUCUCGAAAAUGAAGUCGGAGACAGCAGCAGUAGCUGUGCGAGAGAUGAACCCGCAGCUACACAUCACGAGCCAGCAGGAGCGCGUGGGACCUGACACAGAGCGUGUCUACGACGACGACUUCUUUGAGGCACUGGAUGGGGUUGCCAAUGCCCUUGACAAUGUUGAUGCCCGCAUGUACAUGGACCGGCGCUGUGUGUACUACCGGAAGCCCCUGCUGGAGUCGGGCACACUGGGUACCAAGGGCAAUGUGCAGGUGGUGAUCCCCUUUCUCACAGAGUCCUACAGCUCCAGCCAGGACCCGCCUGAGAAGUCCAUCCCCAUCUGCACCCUCAAAAACUUCCCCAAUGCCAUUGAGCACACACUGCAGUGGGCGCGUGAUGAAUUCGAAGGCCUCUUCAAGCAGCCAGCAGAGAACGUCAACCAGUAUAUCACAGACCCCAAGUUCCUGGAGCGGACACUGCGGCUGCCGGGUACGCAGCCACUGGAGGUGCUGGAGGCCGUGCACCGCAGCCUGGUGAGCGAGCGCCCGCGCUCCUGGGCAGACUGUGUGGCUUGGGCCUGCCACCACUGGCAUGCGCAAUACCGCAAUGGCAUCCGCCAGCUGCUGCACAACUUCCCACCCAACCAGAAGACCAACUCGGGGACACUGUUCUGGUCGGGACCCAAGCGUUGUCCCCACCCCCUCACCUUUGACGUGGACAAUCUGCUGCACCUGUCCUAUGUGGUGGCAGCAGCCAACCUGCUGGCACAGAGCUAUGGACUGACUGGGUCACAGGAUACGGGGGCUGUGGCCACACUAUUGCGCCAGGUGCAGGUGCCCGACUUCACCCCCAAGGCCGGUGUCCGCAUUCACGUCUCCGACCAGGAGCUGCAGAGUGCCAGCCCCGCCCUCGAUGACAGCCGGCUGGAGGAGCUGAAGGCAGCACUGCCCAGCCCUGAGGAGCUGCAAGGCUUCCGCAUGUUCCCCAUCGACUUCGAGAAGGACGAUGACACCAACUUCCACAUGGAUUUCAUCGUGGCUGCCUCCAACUUGCGGGCCGAGAACUACGACAUCCCCCCGGCCGACCGGCACAAGAGCAAGCUGAUUGCAGGGAAGAUCAUUCCAGCUAUUGCCACAACAACAGCAGCUGUGGUGGGACUGGCAUGCCUGGAGCUGUACAAGGUGGUACAGGGGCACCGGCUCCUGGCCUCAUACAAAAAUGGCUUCCUUAACCUGGCCCUGCCCUUCGUUGGCUUCUCUGAGCCCGUUGCCUGCCCCCGCAACAAGUACUAUGAUGUGGAGUGGACACUGUGGGACCGGUUUGAGGUGCAGGGGGUGCAACCUAAUGGCGAGGAGAUGACUCUGCGGCAGUUCCUCAACUACUUCAAGACGGAGCACAGGCUGGAGAUUACGAUGCUGUCACAGGGUGUCUCCAUGCUCUACUCCUUCUUCAUGCCAGCCGCCAAGCUACGGGAGCGCCAGGACCAGUCAAUGACGGAGAUCGUGGCCAAGGUGUCUAAGAAGCGGGUGGGUCGCCAUGUCAAGGCCCUCGUCUUCGAGCUCUGCUGCAACGACGAGAACGACUGCGACAUUGAAGUCCCCUAUGUUCGUUAUACCAUUCGCUAGGGUGGGGCUGAGCCCCCUGGCCCCACCUCCUCCCUGGGGCCCCAUUGCAUUGUGUUCUCAUUUUGUGAGGGGGUGGGGCCUUGUGCGGCCCUGCUCUCUGCCCUGUCCCCGCCAACAUGGUGAUGUCACAUCCUCCAGGCGCCUUAACCCCCCCUCCAUCACCGUUUAGUCGUGUUGUGUCUUGGCUCUGCCCCCCCUCUCCAGUGGGGGAGGGGACGCUGUUGUUCCUGGGGGCCCAGGGGGUGCUGCUCCCACCCCCCUUAUCUCCUUCACAGAGCCCCUCCCACACCCCUGGGGCACAGGCUGGGUAGGGGACGUAGUUCAGAACUGUUACUGGGAGUUAACGAAUAAAUAGACGUUUGCAAAAGGC